CAUUUCCAAAGUGCAAUAAAUUCACUGUUUUUCCGUGAAGUUGUCCGCGGUGGAUAAUUUUCUCGUUUUCCGUUGUGUAAUUUCUGUAAGGGGCUGUGUGGUUCCCGAAAAUUAAACCGUGGAGAAUGGCUUCCACCAGCUGGUAUUCGCAACAGAACGGCCGGACGCAACAGCAGGAUCAGAAUUUACGGCCACGAAAACGAAGGCUGUCCUCGUUCCAGCAGCAGGCCAACGAGGAAAGUGAAAUGAUUCCGGUCAUCAAGCUGGAAGAUGAUGACGAUGAGGAAGAAGAAGACUAUGUGGAGGAAGUUCCGAUUCCGGGGCCCAGUAAACGUCGUCCUCAACCGGCAGAGAAAGCCGGCGAGUCUUCACCGGUUGCUGGCGACGAGGACGCUCCCGAUGAAGAGCAACGUCAGCACCGUUUCUGUCGUUUAUGUUUGUCCCGUGAACAGCAGCUAAAUCCUCUCUUUCCGCCGAAUGGAACUCCGGACGAUACACUGAUAAAACGGAUUUCCGGAUGUUUGACCAUUGCGAUAUCAUUCGAUGCUGAUUACGAUUCAUAUGUUUGUCGGCCCUGUGUCCAAGAGGUGACUAGAUUUUUUCUCUACAAGGAACAAUGUCUGGUAAACGACCAAAUGCUCAAAUCCAAGCGUCGUAAGCAAAAUCCGGAUGGUACCGAUAAUGAUGUCCAGCUAGAGGACGGAGAUGACGCCGAAAUAAGCGACGAUGAUGAUGAUUUUGAGGGCGAUCCAAUCGAUUCGGAUGAGUUUGACAUUCGCGAUGACGAAAUCGAUUCGCAAGAAGGACUCCCGGGAGCUCUAAAACAGCUGCCUCCUAGUAGAGCUCGACGCCCGCAUGUCCAGGAUUUCUAUCACGGAGGCUACCGGUAUACUUGUGCAACGAUUCGUGCUAAUGGUAACGUCAAUUGGCGAUGCAUGUACAAAUCUAAGCUACAAUGUCGGGCCUCGAUCCAGGUGACUCCUAGUGGACUUGUUAUGAAAGGGCCUAACCCGCACAAUCAUUACGCGGAAAAGCGAACUGCUCCUCCUUUUCCAACAAGUGGAACUGUCAUCGAUACAUUAACAGGUCAAAAGCUGGUGUAUAAGAUCAAUACGGGCAAUCAGGGUUCGUUCGCGAAAAUGCAACUUAUCGUAAACGGUUACCUGUUUCGCUUUGAGACCUCAAGUAUGAAAAAGACAACCUAUUGGAGAUGUAUUUGCGACGGUUGCAAAGCAGCCAUUUCUUUCCAUAAAGGCUUCGUCAGUUGUUCCACAAACGGUCAACCGCACAACCACCCAACCCAUAGGAAUACUAUAAACUUAGCACCAGAACCAUCUGUUCCUUACAGUAUGCCGCCAGGUCAGGUGGUGCAAAGGCAACUGCCGGUAGCCCCUCGGGCGCAACCUUUGAUUCCUCAACAGCAUACACAAUUAAUGUCUUCUGUCAAUUUGAAUCUUAAUACAAAAUCGGCCAAGUGGAAUGUCAUGAAGCACCGUGGGUACGAAUUUGGCUACCCACGCAUCGAGCGCAACAUGUCACGCUGGGCCUGCUUCAAGAAGAGUUUGUUCAACUGUCCGGCCAUCGUGUUUACGGAUCAGUUCGGGCGGGUCGUUCGGGAGAGCGAUUGGGCUCACAAUCAUGCUCCUCAUGAUGAUUACGAUUCUACCAGCGUUAUCGAGGGUUAUAUGCAGGAUGUUAAAACCAACGAACAGGUGUACUACAAAUUGAUUCCGGGAAAACGUGGUCAGAGGUUUGUAGUCUACAAGGGCUAUCGUUACUCCUCGGAUCGACUGAUAAGUGAUGGACGCGUCGCCUGGAAGUGCACCAAGUGUAAAGUGUUCAUCAUGAUAGCGGGUAGGUUCUCUACGAUCGAAGAUCGCGGAGGCGAACACGAGCACCCAAUGGCCGAUGAGGAUGAUCUGCAACAGUUGCAACCUGGCCAGGAUCAACAGGGUGACGAUAGUCAUUCGGGACAACCAGAGGGAGAUAUUGAUGUUAAAAAUGAAUCUAUUGAUUACGAAGAGCUACUCGGCAAGGACAGUAUCGGUUUGGACAAUGAAGACAGUUAUCCGGAUGAACUGAUCAUUCCGGAGGCGAUUUUGGACGGCUUAGAGUGAAGUACUACGAGCCGGGGGACAGUUAAGGUAAGUUUGGCAUUUUAGCGUUCUACAUUAAUAAGGUAAAUUAUUUUGCACUUCCUUAAAUGAUUAUGGGAUGUGGCUGAGGCCGACUAAAAUUUCGAUUUAAAAUAAACUACCAAUAGAUGUGCAUUCUCUAGUGGAUU